AAUUACAGCAAGAAAAAUUUGAGGGCCAUGUGGUCAGCAGAAGAUCUGACAAAUGCAAUCUCAGAUGAUAGAGAUGGUCGUGGUUCAGUAAGGAAAAAUUCUGUAAAAAGCAGAUAUGUAUAUAAAAAGCCACGGACUUCAAAUGCCGCAUUACGAAUAUUGAAAUUACAAGCCUCUGUAGCUCAAGAGGCAAAGCACUGAUCUUGUAAACCAGGGGUCGUGAGUUCAAUCUUCACGGGAGGCAGAUUCUGG